GCAGAAGAGGAGAAAAUGGGAAUUGCAAAAUUUACUUCGGCCAAGUCUGAUGUUCAUGUUAUGAAUCCCUUGGGAUUGUCCAAAAAACCCCCCUGCAGAGGCUUCUCCUUUCCAGUCCUCGCCAUCUUCCUCGCCGGAGAGCUGAGUGGUUCUGUCAACGCCCAGACCAAGAAUGGAGCAACUCCUCUAUACUUAGCCUGCCAAGAGGGCCACUUGGAAAUUGUUCAGUAUUUGGUCAAAGAUUGUGGGGCAGACCCUCACCUACGCGCCAACGACGGAAUGACGCCUCUCCACGCCGCGGCUCAGAUGGGGCACAACACCAUCAUUGUCUGGCUGAUGAGCUUCACCGACAUCAGCCUCUUGGAGCAGGACAAGGACGGGGCGACUCCCAUGCAUUUCGCUGCCAGUCGGGGCCACGCCAAAGUCCUGAGUUGGCUGCUCUUACACGGAGGGGAGAUUGUGGUGGACAAGUGGGGGGGCACCCCCUUGCACGACGCGGCAGAGAACGGGGAGCUGGAGUGCUGUCAGAUCCUCGUGGUCAACGGCGUCGACCUGAGCCUCCGGGACCAGGACGGCUACACCGCGGCUGACCUGGCCGACUACAACGGCCACCAGCAGUGCACCAAGUACCUGCGGAUGGUGGAGAACAUGAGCGUGGAGCAUCGGGUGCUGUCCCGGGACCCCUCUGCCGACGUGGAGCUCAGACAGCCGGACUCAGGCCUGUCCUCGCCCCACACCACCGUCUCUGCCCCCCAGACCCACUUCGACAUUGGCUCCCCCAGCAGCAUCUUCUCCAACUACGAUUCUUGCCACUCGAGCCAGUCCAGUACCGGGGAGAAGAGGAACCACGCGGGGCCACGGGUUCCCGAAACGGCACUCGCGGAUAUGCAGACGUAUAUGGACAUGCUAAAUCCGGAGUGUCUGUACAACCACGGGGAUGUCAUCCUGCGCAUUGCACCGUUUGUGUCAUUUCUAUGGCGAGGUGAUCGUGCAGGGGACAUUGUUGACCUCUUGAGGACAUCCGGGGAUAUCCCAGGGAACGGUCCGUCAGGCCCAGAAACGCAUCAAACCCGCUGCAGACUUUGCAUUUUCCUUUUCUCCCGGCCCAGGCAAUCGCUGCUCCUUUGCUGGCACGAAAAGGACUUGGACCACGGCUUGGGUCUCCGGAGAUCCGACCCAGAUUUCCAAGCUCCCCCUUGGCUCUUCGAAGGGGCGUCCAAUGGGAUCAGAAUCCCCGUGGCGAAUCCUUGCCGGAACCGCCCACGUUCCCACUUGAUCCGCACUUACGGCUCGCUGGAGACCGGGAUCCCACAGGGCUCCCAUUGGUCCUCCUGUGCCCAUGAUGUCACAAGUGGGGAGCGGAGAGGUGUUGCUAAUGGAGUCGAAGGUCCCAGUAAUUGGAGAGGCCAGCUCACCUGUCUCAGGUGUGCAGAAGGCAGGUGUCAGGUGUCCUGCGGCUUCAGGCAGCUGGAAAGGCAGCACACCGCGCACGUAGCUUUCCUGCACAGCUCACCUGCCAAGAACUGCAACGGACCGACUCCUGCAGGAGAUCCAGAAGCUUCGGCAAGCAGACCAGCACGGGGGAUUACUACCGACGCCUGGGGACCGGCGGGGGCAGCGUCGGCGAACGGGGCAGGAGAACUCCCAAGAUGGCCCACAGCGAGGAGGCUUCCCUUCUGUCCAGCGAGAAAGUGCAGAACGGAACCGCGGCCGAGAAGACGCCAACCGGAGAGGCGCCUCCCCCGGCCCUCCCCCCCCCCCCCCCGCGGCGGGGCGUCUCCCCCCCCCCCCCCCCCUCCCCUGCCUGCCGAGAACCCCCCGUCCUCAUCUAGCCAGCACAGAUCAUCGUCUUCUUCCACCGGAAGCACCAAGUCGUUCAACAUGAUGUCCCCAACGGGCGACAACUCGGAGCUGCUAGCCGAAAUCAAGGCUGGGAAGAGUUUGAAGCCCACCCCCCAAAGCAAGGGGCUCACCACUGUCUUCUCCGGCUGUGGUCAAGCGGGCACCCACGUUGAGUUCCCUACAUCUUCCUCGUCCCCCGCUGGGACGCCAACACCCCCAUCUACUCCUGAGGAAGCCCCUGGACCCAGAGCUUCUGGCACACCCAAGCCGGAGAUCAAUGGUUCCUCACCCCCGUUUGGGACCCCAACCAGCCACAUGGACCUGGAGGGCCUGAUCCCCACGCAUGAUGAGCAGGGAAGGUCCAUCCCUGAGUGGAAGCGGCAGGUGAUGUUCCGCAAACUCCAGAUGAAGAUCCAGGAGGAGGAAGAGCAGAGACGCAAGCUACGAUCUGGGAAUUGCUACCCCCAGGAAGGCUGGCGUUACUCCCACGCUCACAAUGCCAUUUUGGGACCUUUCGGGGAACUGAUGACCGAGGACGACAUCCUGCGGAUCGAGAAGCAGAUCCAGAACCUCCAAGUCGUGCACAAGGUGCAGAAGGUGGAGACCCAGCUGGAACAGCUGGAGCAAGAAUUGCAGCAGCUAUUGCCGGUCUCGGCUGCCUUAGCGAAGGAACACUUCACCGUCAACCCCAAGUGCAUGCACGGCCGGGCGGAGGAUCUCCCCGCUUGGUGCAACAAGAUCUCCAUUCUCUUGAAAAGCAUGUCCAUCCUUCUGGCCACGCUGGGGGGCAAAGCCACCAGUCUGGCUGAAAUGGUGACCUCCGAAGCGCUGGCGCAGAAGAGCGAGGAUGCACAGGCGGUCCCCUUGGCCGCGCCGACUUUCAAAGACGGCCCAGGCCCCAUGGCCCGUUCUCAGUCCUUCAGCUGCACCCGGGAGGAGGUGGAGAAGGAGAUCAUGCAGUGGGGGGUGUCGGUGAAGAAUCUGAAGGCCAACUAUGAGGUCCAUGUGAAGGCACAGCUGAUCAGUGCGGCAUCCAGCCGGGUAUACAAAAGGAAGCGUUCCCUACCGGUGGGAACGGCCCAGUUCACUCUUGGUCGAGAGCCCAUUUUGGAAGAAGACUACGUCAUGGGCCUUGAGCCGUUCAGUAUAUUCGAAGAUGAGGAGGGCUCCCCCGUUCAGCUCUCCCAUGCCCCGCUUCUCUAUGAGGAGGGGCCCAGCCCAUUCUCCAGAGGGGACUCCUUUGCAGAAGCCAUGUUCAGCCCUGACCACAUGACUAGGAGCCUCCCGGUGCAGACCGAGCUGAGUUGCGUCCAAGACUACAUCAACAUGCGGAAGGAGCGAAUUGUCUAUCUCUUCCUGGAGCACUGGAAGAGGUGGACUUUCACCGACUCAGGCAGGCAGGUUCAGCCGAAGAGGGCGGAGAUCCCGAGUCCUGGUUUGGAGGAAGGCCAUGACGCAUGCCACCGGUCUGUGUUGAUAGCCCCAGGGCCAAAACCCAACGAGGACCACCAGCUUUUGUACUUCAUGAAGCAACGUCAAGUGGUAGGAAAGCUGCUUGCCCACUGGAGAAGUAUCAUCAGCCAAGUGCCCACGAGGCAAAUCCGUCGCUUGAGCCGCACCGACAUAUUCUACUGGCCUGAGCAUUUCUUGCCCCAUGUCAGUGGCUCCCUGGUGGAGUACGACAGCCUUACUUUGGACCUCUUCAUGCUGGGCUACUUCCAGCUUCUGGAGAUGGACAUGAGCCGGGAGGAGCGCAAGUUUCGCCACCUGCUCUGCUAUGAGAUGUUUGACCAUCUGGGCAGUCACAGCUGGGAGCUUAUCCGCCAGUUUCACAAGGUGGUGAUGGAAGAAGUGGAGGCUGGCAAGCGGGAUUGGCUGGACGGCUUUGAGGACCUCAAGCAGAGGUUCUUCAGGGACAGCCUGCUGUUGGACCAUGGGACUACACCCAGCGUGGAUGUACCAGCAGAGACCCAGCACCCUUCCCCUUCUCUCUCCCAUCAGGAAUCUUCUCAGUCUUUGAUUAGCAGCACCCAAGAGCCCAAGGCAGUUGCAGAAGAGCUGGCCGUUGUCCCAGCUCCAAAAAGUAGGAAGAACUCCAUCCAGCUCAUUUCAGAGCUUGGGGAAUUCAGCAACGAAGACAUUUGCUGCUACAUAGACCGUAGCUUCUCGUUCUGGAAAGAGAAGGAGGGUGAGAUGUUCAACAUCUGAGGAUGCAGCUUCCUGGAUGGUUAGAGAAGAUUCAGUCCAUGGUCUUUGCAGAAGAUGGCUUCUUACCCUCAAAUAUGGAUUUGUUCAAUCCAGGACCAUUCCAGAAGGUGACAUUGGUUACUCUCCCAAAUAACCUUGGUAAGAAGGUGAGAUGCUCUCAGCUAGGACUUUGGCUGGUCUUGGUAGACCAAGCGAAUGGACCACUGUUGGGUUCCCUCAAGAUCUUCUGUGGAAACCACCCGAUUCUGAGGCCAACAAGGAACUCAGGUUUAUACCACACUGCUAUGGUUCUGAGGCAUAUACAGAGUUACAGUACCUUCCCUGAACUCCAACUUCAUCCAGAUGAUGUCCUCCUAGCUUACAAAGUAUCCUCAACAGCCAAACCCAGGCAGAACUGAUUUGGGACCUUGGGGGAAGUGGCAGAAAGCGAACCCACUGCUACCCGACUUUGGGUAGAAGGAUAAAAAAUAGAGGCAAUGGAAAGGUUGUACAGUAUGAGGUCGCUUCGUGAGUUAGUGGCAGCCGACUAGAAUUUGUGGGGUGCACAGUUUGGGGAUCAAGGACCGCUGUAAGAAAGUUUGAUGCAGAUAAAGGCAGAGACAGAAGGGGGGGGGUUAAGUCCAAACCAGGCCCUCCAUUGGCUUUAUUUUUUUAAAACCAUCUGUCAAAUAACAUCCUAUUGGCUGGCUUCGUCCAACAGGCUCAGCCAGACCCGGGGUAGCCUAGCGUGUUGUACAGAUUCAUCACACGUGAUUAAUUUAUAGUCCUUGGAGUGCACAUAGCUACGGACAAGCGUCCACGGGGUACGAAAGCGACACCUUGUGCACCAUGACGCCACAGGACAUCAGUGCAUCAUCCACGCUGCUUGCACGACGACGUCAUGCCACACGCAACAUCGUUCAGAAGUGACUUUGUGGCGGCUGGGGUGGGCCCACCGUCGAUAAGUUUUCCUCCUUGGUCUGUAAAUGUAAUUAAUUUCAGAAACACUGAUUCUGCUUCCCAGAAGGGCGGUGGGGUCCUAAAAUAACCUACUUUGGGGUAAUGGAAAUGGGAAGAGGCCAGUUAACCUCUCUUUCCCCUUGCGUGUGAUAUGUUGGUGUGAUCUCCUGUCGUGGCGGUGGUGCAAUGGCUCCUUUUUGUGAGUGUGCUGUUAUGCAAGCUUUCUGAUGGUUGGCCUCUUAUUUUCUUCUUUUUAAUCUUCAUUUAUUACCAGAGGUGGGGAAGCAACUUCGUCUAAAUUGGGGAGCCGGGUUCAUUUUGGUGGAAAGUUGCAUUUUUUCCUGAUGCUCGUCUGAAGAAAUAAAAGUCUGAUGCGUGUAAAGGCUUUGGGCAUCUUUUGUGAUUGCAGAGAGAGACAGAGGGGGAGCAAAGAGCAUCAAGAUAUUCUCAUUUCUAUGCUGCAUGCUUGCCUGUGUUUUAAAUAUCUUCAUCCUAGGGAGCCAAACCCUGCAUAAAAAAGAAUCCGAAAAGUCAUUUGUUGGGGUGUGACUUCCAAAAACGCUCAAACAAUACCGGUAAAUUUCGGUGGCACCGUGUCUGAACCUGGGUGGCUUGAAUUCUUGCCCUUUGGCAAGAAAACGCAGCGUUCUCAAAGUGAGGAUUAGACAAAUUUGGAGCAGGGUUUAUAAAAUUAACGUUCUGGGGUGAGCCUGGACAGCAGUCUCGGGUUGCACGUUUGCCACGGGCUGUUGCAGAACCGCAGAGUUCGCAGAUCUUCUUCUUUAGGGAUGAAAAGGGAAUGAUGUAAAAGAAGUGUACUUUUUUUUCUUAUGCAACCUGAACCCCAAUGAUAUUGUUAGUUUUAUAUCCGGGGGAGUUGCAGUGGGGGGGCAUUGCACAGCAAAGUUUGAGAACGCCCCACCUUUGUGAUUUUUUUUAAAAGCAAAAGGGAACUC